CAUUUCAUUGUUCCAUGUACAGUUUGUCAUGGAUGUUCAGUUCCUGGUGGAGAUUGGAAUGCAUGGAGGAUACUUCUCCAAUGAUCCUUUGCUUCUUCUCACUCUCAUGAAGUCAACCUUUAAUUCUGCAGGACUUGACCCUUUCAAAGAUGCAGAUAAUGAUGGAUGGGCCAUUGAUGCAGCCACUAAAACAAUUCAAAAGCUUCUAGAGAUUGAGAAAACAACUAUGCAACCAAAAGAGAGUGUAGUUAACAAUGAAGAAGGAGAGUUACAUGAGAGCCAAUCCAACCAAUCAGCAUAUCUCUCUGAAGAAGGUGAUUUGAGUUCCUCAGAGAAUAAUAAUAACAACAAUAUUGAUGCUUUGGAUGAGGAAGAUGAGGUUGAAAAAGAUGACUUAGAAGUUGCUAUUGAUACAAACACAUUGAGGGAACAUAGUGUUAGUACCAUGCAAUCAGCUCCAACAAUUGCCAUUGAUGAGAAAGGACAAAAUUCCGAGGAAAUUAAAUCAAAAUGAAACGAGUGACCCACCCACCUUGUUAUAAAUUUCAUAUCUUUACAAUUACAUGAUUUAUUGAUUUUUGGAAAAUUAUGUUGUGGCUAAAUGAGUAAAUGUACCACAUUUUU